GCAGCACUUUCUUCUCCCUUUCCCCGAACUUUUUUCUUUUUCUUCUAUUACACGCAACUCCAAAAAAAACAGGAUGCCGAUGGUCAUGGAUACGUACCGCGAUCCUGAAAUCGAUCAAACAUCGAUUGACAAUGUGUCUCGAGCAAAAUUGACAAAUACCAAAAUGAUCAUGCAGACAUUUGUCACUGGCGCCUUGAAAGAGAAGCAACAGGGUAACCUCAAGCGCUACGAGGAGUUGGCGAGCCUACUGCUGACUGAUCCCAAUCAUGCCGAUGCACCGUCGGCUCUGAAGCUCUUUCUGUGGAUCCAAAUUCUGUCGGAAAACGUAUCUCAGCUUGACAAGUCAUGUGCCACUUUGGUAGAGGCAGUGCUGAACAUUGACUGGGCUUUCCGGGAAGACAAGUUUGCAGAUGCCUAUGUAGCGUUCCUUGAACACCUUGUGUCUGCGCAUGCAUUCUACGUCGUACCCGUAAUUCGCAAACUGGUCAAGGGAUUUGGUUAUCGUAAGUGGAGCAAAGAAAGGAGGGCCUUUUGGACAUGGGAUACUAACCAUUGAGGGCUGGCUUUAUCAUAUCGGUAACAUAGGUCCGUUUAUGCCAUCAUACGCCAAAGUAUCUCGCUCAGACGCAUACAAACGAAAUCAUGCUGCGCUCAAGAGCAUUCUCAAAUUGAUCCCAACCAGUAUCUCAGCGUUACAGCAAGCCA